UUUAACUCGAAGUGAUCAGCUAAAGCAGUAGACUAUGCCAAGAAGAUCAAGAUCUCGUUCGAGGUCCCCCAGAAGAGAGAGGAGAUCCUCCAGGGAAAGGGAGAGAAGACGACACAGAAGGAGCCGAUCCAGAUCUCCCAGAAGAAAAUCCAGAUCACCUCACAGAUCCAGGGAACACAGGGAACACAGAUCUAGGUCACCAAGACACAAAGAAAGAAAAGAAAAGCACAAGGACAGAGAAUCAACAACAGCUGAAAAAGUAGUUCAUCAAAAACCUAGUGUAACUGAAGCGGAGCUUGAAGGACUACCACAGGAUGAAGCAGAAAUGAUGAAAAUUAUGGGAUUUGGAAAUUUUGACUCCACAAAGGGUAAAAAAGUAGAUGGGAAUGAUAUUUAUGUUGCCAAUAUACCAAAGAAAAGACGAUAUAGACAAUAUAUGAACAGAAGAGGUGGAUUCAACAGACCAUUAGACUUCAUUGCCUGAAGCUGUUUUACUAUCAUCAGUGUUCCAAGACCUUGACAUUACAUGUCAGUCAUAAACUUUUACAUAAAAGACCACAGAAACAGUUCUAAAAAGAACUGUGUCUUAAUUUACAAGUAUUUUAAUACCCAUACCAGUACUUGUUCAUGUAAAUGAAAACUGAAUUCUUUUUUAAAAGGAUGUAUUUUAUUUAUGAAAGGUACAAGUAUUUGCAUUAAUAAAAUUGUAUCACAGUCAGUGUAAAGCAAGAUA